AAUAUUUAUUUCAGCCAAUCAAAUUUGUGAAUUUGGUAGUUCCCAGUCCUUGUGAGACACAGCCAUAUAAUAAUGAACCUUACAAAUAAUCAAACUAAUCAAAACUUGUUUUAACUACAUGUAAUUAGGAUUUUUUUCCACUCCAAAGGAAAUAAAAAAGUUAGUAUUGAUGCCACAAUCCAUCAAAUAAUUGGUGUUUAAAAAAAUGGCACAACUAUUUUGAGCAACUUUUAAAUAACCUAAACUGGCCCUAAAGGUUCAGAUGCAUGGAACACAUGGUGUCUGAAUUAAGUAGAAAUACAUGGAAAUCACUUGUCAGAUAUUCCUGAUAGUUCUCCUGUACUUUUUUUCUCUGAGAAAAUUGAAUUUUACUUUGAGUUCAGUACAGAACUCUUACAAAUUACCUGGGCUUCUUGAUAUGGAGUUAAUGAUAGUAAUGCUCACGCUUAGACUGCUCCACUCUGUUAUUUAUAUUAUUUUCUAUUUAAUUUAAGGAGUUAAUACUCUUGUGAGUUUUCAUUUACAAUUUACAUUUUUUAAAGUCAAUUGUGUUGUUAAGCCAAAAAGAAGUUUUGUAAGGAUAAUGAUAUUUAACAUAGCUAAAGCAUGUUUGUUUUUUAAAAAUGUUCUUCUCUCUCUAAAGCAAUUUUAAAAUUCCAAGUAUUUUAGUUAUAGAAAUAGUAUUUUUCCAAUAUUUUGUGAAGAUAUGUCAUCUUUAAGAUCAAGAAAACUUGUGUAAACUUGUGGAGCAACCAGGUUUCCAAGGGAAGUCAACUAAAAUCUAACUCUUUUGAGGGUUACAUUCAAUUUGAUAAUCUUUAACUAAGUAGACUGUAGCUCAGGCAGGUGCUUUAUCUGACAGAUUACUUUGGCUACUAAUUUCAAGUACUGAGAUAUGAAAUUUUUUCCAAAGGUAUUGUUAGUACUUUAAUUAGUGUGGAGAAAUUAGUAGCUUGCAUUAUUUAUUUUGCAAAGGAAAAUAAUGUAUACGGCAGAGAAGAAAAAGCAAGAAUAAUUGAUUUAUUGAAGACUGCAGUUUAAACUGAAUAUUGCUACUAAGUUUAGAACAUGAAGUAGUUGAGUCAGAGGUAUGCUUGAAAGGCAGUAAAUAUGUUUUCAGAAACCAAUGUGAGUGGAAUUCUUGUCACUGAUUCUUAACAUCAUACUUAACAGUUUUAAAGGAUGUCCCCUUGGGGUUGGGCAUUGUGCACUCCCCCCUCCCCCUGCCUUACCAAUGUUAGUUAGAGAAAAGUUGCGUGAUGCCAAAUGCCUGAGGAAUUUGAGGGAUGGACCAUUAUUUUUCUGUAGGGGGGGUAUGAGAAAGUUUCUUCUGCAAAAAGUUUUUUAAACAUACAUGUCUCCACAAACAUUUUUUUCCAACAUCAUAUUUGUGCAAACAAUUUCUUUCCAUUAGUUUUUCAGUGUUCUUUUAUUUGUGCGAAAUAUUACCAUAGCCUUAUUGAACUAUUUUAUGAAGAACGUAAUCAAUAGUGCUAUAGCCACUUAUUUUGUCAACAUACGCUACACUCACCUCUUAAAAUUUUUCGGCAGCUACUGACACAUAAAAGUCCUAUUUUUUCAAGAAAUAUUCAGCUAUCUUCAGAUUUGUUAUUUGCUUAAUACCACUUUUUAGUGCCCAAAUUGUGUUAAGUUUAUACUAAUCAAGGGUGUGCUCUAAGGAAAAUUGAAUGGAGCCUGGUGCUCUGAAACUGUGAAAUCAAGGGUGCCUAGCAUAUGCUUUGAAUGAAAAAACUAAAAUGUCUGAGUUGCCCACAAGCAAAAGUAAGGCACCAGGGGCCACUGGGUGCAGCAAAACCACAGAAUUGCUAAUACUUCAAUUUGUGGCUUAAUUUUUUUAUUUCAGUUUUGGUAGUAAUACUUUUUAAUAUCUUACCCGACUUCUCUGCAAACAUUUUUUUUACCCUAUCACGUUUGCAAACAAUACAUUUUGUUUUUUCAGACCUUGCAAACAAUCUUUUUCAAUAUUUCUCCUAAUCCCCCCCCAGAAAAAUAAUGGUCCGUCCCUAUAAGGCCUUUUUACAGCUGUGUACUUAGUGCCGUGCCUUUGAUUUGGAGUGAGACUGAAGGUGACCUUGUCGUGAUAGAGACCUGUAUCUAGUUAGCAUGAAAACAAAGUGAUUUACAUUUGAAAGGCAGUAAGGUUUGUAUCAUAAGAAGGUCAACCCUAACCUCACUCCCGUUAAAAGGCUCGGCAACCGAGCACAACUGUAAAGUGGACUAUCACGUUAAAAUACACUCGGGGAUCAACUGAGCGGAAUCUGCGUCAGUUAAUUAGUUCACCAUUAGCAUUGAAUUUUUUUUCACGUUUGCCCCUGGCUCAAUAGUUGACUAUUCUUUAGAAAAUGGAGCCACGCUCCAAAGAGCAACAUAAUUCGAGCCUUUCCCACCGCAAAAUCUUGUUGAUGUUGCGUGACGUGGGGGAGUCUGCGCGAAACUUCCUGAUGAACCACGAUUGGUCUUGGUUUCGCAGUGUGACCUUAGUGGAAUUUAGAGCGCAUUUUCACAACGCACAAUUCAAGUAGAAUUGAGGGGUUUUUUUCACUUUCACUUUCACUUUCUGUACUUUGCCGCAUUUGACAACAGAAAUAAUAGAUGCAAUAUGACAGAGGAAGUGGAUCUUCUCCAUCUCAAGCGUUUGCAAUGCUUCAAUGAUGCAGUAUUCGCCAUUGUAGCGACAAUUUUAGUUCUCCCAAUCAGGAAACUCGAGGAAGACGCAACAGAAAGCACCAGCCUUGCCGAUCAACUUACCGACAAAUGGCAGCAGUUGUUGAUCUAUCUUGUGGGAUUUCUCGUAAUUUGUGCCGUGUGGGAAUCGCAGGUUCUGCGCUUCCGUAUUUUGUCAAGGCUAGAUGAUGUGCUUGUCUGGUUAAACCUCGGUUCGUUGCUGUUCACUUCGUUUCUCCCUUUCACAUGCGCUCUUGAGGGAAUGUUCACCGACAAGUACCUCGCCAUGAUGCUAAUAUGUGGAAAUCUGCUCGUUCUCGAAAUCCUGGAGGUGGUCAUGAUCGUGUACGCCUUUCAUCAUCCAUGCCUGCUGGACCCCGAGUUUGAGAAUCUCUGCCAUCAAGAAAUCAAACAGAGACUUAAGCUGAUGCUUGUGAAGAAAGUUGUUAACCCCUUCCUGUAUAUUUUAGCUGGUGCUGUUAGCUUGGCCAAGAUAGAAUUGGCCUUGAUUGUUGUAGCGAUUGUCGUGUUCUCUCCCUGCAUAAACCGCCUUGCAGGCGUCAUCUAUCGCAAAUGGACUCGCGUGCGUCUAACUGGAUCGGAGUUCGAUCGCAUGUUUGGGAAUUUUAUUGACAAGGAGAGAGUGGAGUUUUUCAGUGAUGGACUUUUCGCGAUUGUAUCAACUCUUUUGAUCCUAGAUAUCACUGCCGAAGACUUUCCGACGAAAGAGGAAGUCGACCGCCAUGGCAUCCAGAACUCACUGCUACACAUGAAGUCGGAAAUUUUGACGUAUGGAGCGACUUUCGUGGUGGUGGCGCUUCUAUGGUUCACGCACCAUUCGCUUUUUCACUUCAUUGAGAAUCUGAAUCAAGUCAUGCUCGUUUGUAACAAUAUUUCCUUGGCCUUCGUGGGUCUAGCUCCUUUAAUCAACGUAACGCUUAACCGUUAUGCUGGGUACGGCAAAGCAGACAGCCGUCUUGCGGUACAAGUCGGGGCGAUCAUUAUAUUUAUGGCCAGCAUCAGUCAAGCUGUGGUGUUCGUGAUCGCGUUAUGCAAGGGCCCGAACUACCUGAUGGCGCGCGCGAAUCCUAGCGUGGGAUCUCGUACGCACACGUAUCUCGCGUUGAAGAUGGCAAUACUUCCACUGAUGACGUUCGUGGUAUAUUUAGUAGCCGCGCUUUGCCCGAGUGCUAGCGCUUCGCUCUCUGAUGACGUGUAUCACAUUGCUGCUGGGCUGACCCCUGUGAUAUUCAUCCUCAUGAAGAUCGUGUUUUCCUGUUUCAAGGAUCACCGUCACUGCCGACAGUGGAGAAGGGGGUCUGUGCAAGAAAUCGAUUCAGAAUUUUACCAAAUUAUUGAAAGUGACUAAAAGAAAAUGGAAUGCAAGAGGGAAGAACCAACAAUAUUAACAAUACCAAAAAACUUCAGGAACAAGAACUGUAGCCUCUGUGCAAUUCAAAGUGUUUUCUUUGACCGAGCUCACCACGACUCUAAACGUAACCCAUAAUGUCUUUUGUGUCGUAUGUAUUCCGUAUAAUCGGGAACUUUGACUGAGUCAUGUAAUCGCAAUCUCGUAGCUUUUUUUUAAGAGGAAGACGUAUUCACGUGCGAUUGCACCAUAACCCUUAAAUUUACCCCCUAACAUCAGUUUACAUAUUCUCCAUACUAUUCGCUAUACUAAGAUGCUGACAAGGAGAAUUUGUUAUACAACCAGGAGCAUAGACAGUUGGUGAUCAUUUUCGUAUUCUCCUGACUUUAUUGUUUGAUUCUGGGGUGAUAUUGUGAGGAGAAAUUAGAUGCUGGUCACUUUAGGGGUUAAAAGGUUGAGAGAGUAUCUUUGGUAUCUGAACAACACCCGGCGUUGGUAAUUGCACAAUGAUUAAAAACUAGGAGAAAUUCAGAUCCGAUCUUAAAAGCUAAACCUUUCCAAUGUAUUACAAACUCGGAUUUCAUUACGUCUUUGUACCUGAAAACUCCGCUAAAACAACAGAACAUCAUUAGUAACGUUCAAACAAUUCUUUAUUGAAGACCUUUCAUUUUAAUAAUAAUAUCUCAAAUAAAUCUUACUUUGACUUGUAUCUAGAAUUCUCAUAGAAGGUAUGUCACUCUUGUGCAAACUCGACAUGAUAAAUAUCGAAUUCCUUUUUAAAGGUCCUUUAAAAAAAGGAUCUAAAUAUUUGAUUUUGAAAAUAAUUCAUUAAAAACCGUAGCUAAUUUUCCUUUAACUAUAAAUAUUGAAAAAUACGUUUAGAGUAUGCAAAACGUUGCUGUACAAUUGCACAGUAUCUACAUGAGUGAUAGAAUUUUAUACAUUAUGUAUAGUUUUCCUUACUUAACAAAUAAAGGCAUAAACAAUACCAACAAGGAGGUAAUUACAGCUUUCAGACUUCCCCUUACUUCCGAACGAGGUAUUUACAAGUUAACUUUACAACGCUAGAAGAGAGCUACAAGUUUUAGAGUUAAUCCAA